GCAAAAGGUAGUGCAAGAGGCAAGUGUGAAGUGUUGAGAUGAGCAUAAUGGAAAAUGGUGAGAUAAGCACAAUGAAGGUUUUGUUAGGAGCAAUUUUGGUGGUUUUGGCUCAUCUUUUGCAUGUUUUUGUUUUGAAGCCAAGAUCCCUUAGAGCUAAGCUUCAAAAACAAGGAAUUGAUGGACCUUCUCCUCACUUCUACUUUGGCAACAUCUCAGAAAUGAAGAGCCUUUUACUUCAAGCUCACUCACUCAAAGAUGGUGUUCCAACAUCCAUUUCUCAUAACUGGCUUUCUACUGUGUUUCCUCACAUUCUCAAGUGGAGAAAACAAUACGGUCCCAUUUACUUGUUUUCUUCUGGAAGUAUACAAUGGUUAAUGGUGACAGACAUAGAGAUGGUGAAGGAAAUUGUUUUGAACACAUCUUUGAUUCUAGGGAAGCCUUCUUUUUUGUCCAAAGAUAAUAGGCCACUCCUUGGAAAAGGUAUAUUAUCAUCAAGUGGACUUUUUUGGGCUCAUCAAAGGAAGAUUAUUGCCCCUGAAUUGUACCUAGAUAAAAUGAAGACAAAGGUCGGUAUGAUAGUCGACUCCACGAAUAUAAUGCUAAGAUCAUGGGAGACGAAAUUGGAAAAAGAUGGAGUUUCAGAGAUUAAAGUUGACCAAGACUUGAGAAACUUAUCAGGUGACAUAAUUGCAAGAGCUUGUUUUGGGAGCAAUUAUGUUGAAGGAAGAGAAAUUUUUUCAAAGCUUAGAGAACUUCAAAACAUCAUUUGCAAAAUUUUUGCUGGAAUUCCAGGCUUUAGAUAUUUGCCAAACAAAAGCAAUAGACAAAUGUGGAGAUUAGAGAAAGAGAUAAGUUCAAAGAUAUCAAAGCUGAUAAAACAACGCCAAAUUGAUGCUCAUGAUGAACAAGAUCUCUUGCAAAUGAUACUUGAUAGUGCAAAGAAAUGUGAGAGUGAUGGUGACAGUUUCUUACCAAACGCCACUUCAAGAGAAAGAUUCAUGAUAGAUAAUUGCAAAAAUAUAUUCUUUGCUGGAUAUGAGACUACUGCAAUUACAACAUCAUGGUGCUUAAUGUUGCUAGCUACACAUCCAGAUUGGCAAGAUCGUGUUCGUGCUGAGGUGCUUAAAAUUUGUGGAAAAGAUGGUAUUGUAGAUGCAAAUCAACUGAAAAGCAUGAAAACGUUAACAAUGGUGAUUCAAGAGACAUUGAGGCUUUAUCCACCAGCAUUAUCGGUUGUUAGACAGGCUUUUGAAGACAUUAAUUUCAAAGGUAUCCAAAUUCCAAAAGGAAUGAAUCUUCAAAUUCCAAUGCCAAUAUUGCAUCAAGACCCAGAGCUUUGGGGACAUGAUGCACAUAAGUUCAAUCCGGAAAGAUUUGCAAAUGGAGUGCAUGGAGCAUGCAAGAUUCCACAAGUUUACAUGCCAUUUGGAAUGGGACCUCGUGUAUGUUUAGGACAGCAUCUAGCUAUGGUUGAAUUGAAGGUGAUCUUGUCUCUCAUUUUGUUGAAGUUUCAGUUCUCUCUAUCAUCAAGUUAUUGUCAUUCACCUUCCUACCACAUGCUUGUAGAACCUGGCCAUGGAGUUGCUCUUCACAUGACAAAAAUCUAAUGAUCAUGACCAAUGUAAAACUAUAAAGAUUUUCUCAUUUUUGUUGGGGUUCUCAAUAUACACAUUUGUCGAUGAUGUAUCAUUCAGUUCAAUAUUUCUAGUUUGACUUUUCAAUUUUAAA